AUGGGUGUAUGGAAUCAGGUACUUAAGCAAUCACAAGACAGUAUACCACAAGUCAAAACGGUAGUAUUGAUUGGAGGUUCUGCCCAAACUCAGAAGAAGUACAUAUCAAAGUUAUAUCCUCAUAAUGACACUUUUGGCUCUUCACCAACUGAGAAAGUCGUGAACGAUAUAUACCUUGGUUAUACAUACAUCCAGUAUCGUGAUACAUCAAAGCGACUGCUUUCGACUCUGAACAUUUAUACUGUUCUGGAAGGAGACGUGACGUGCCAAAGUUUACUGAAACGAAUCUUGAGAAAUGUGAGCAGUACAGAUCUUGUAUUUAUACCAUUGUUUGACUACAGCGAAUCACCCGCAAAUUGGUUAAGAAAUUUGUGUACCUGGUUAUCCUUCUUUGAUGGUAUCUACCGUGACCAGGCUAAUGUGCUGAUUUUAGUCAUCAACAGAGGCUCCAACAUCGACUUGGAUCAAAUGGUACAUGAGUUCAUUCAACAAUCGUUGAGAACCGUGGCAUUGGAACACGGCUGUUCCUUACUAUACACUGUCGAUGAAUCAAAUGACCUCCUGGAAAUUAUCGCAUCGAUAUUGAAUAUGAAAUACAAAGUGCCCUUCAGGUCGCUGCUCAAGCCUUUCACAGUUGACUACCAACGAUUUUUUAUUCCAAAGGGCUGUGAUACAUCGAUAAAACUUUCUGCUUUAUGCCACGAAGGAAGUUCUGACUCACUCACCGGUCAAAAUUCUGUAAACAACUGGAUAUUAGGCGACAUGGACAACGAGUACAUCUCAAAGUAUGAGAAGAUGGUUAAACCUUAAAUAUAUUUGACCAUUGGUAGUUGAUGAAUGUCAUCUCGUACAUAGUCUAUCUUUCCACUCACAAUUAACUCGGUGAUUAUUUCCUUAAGAUAAAGAGGAAUAAACGAAAUAAAGCU